CUUAUUUAUAGGUACUUUCAUCGCGCUCCACGGAAGUCGAUAGAUCCGACUAAGUCGGCCACGUCCCUCACCGGCUAUCGAGGAGGGACGCGAAAGGGCGUUGACCUGACUUUUGGUGGACCUGUUUCAAGCCAGUCAUCCAAAUACUUUGGUCAUGAAAGGCAAUCGAGUGGCUCAGAUACGCGCGGAGGUGUCCUAUUCCGAUCUAUGCGUCGCAUUUCUGACGGCGCGGUAAUCUCGGGCCCAUCGCUGCUCGUAGAUGAGUUGCUUCGCGUUUGUGGAUGCAAGAACAUCGCAGACUUAGUCGAAGACGCUCUUGAGAAUGAUAAGUUUGCGUUAUCUUCGAAUGCACCGGCAUCCUCCAAAAGAGCUUCUAUCUCCAUCUAUCCGCGGUCGAGCCUCCAGGGUAGAAAACCCAUUGUCUAUUCCUCACCUCGUAUCGGGCUAGAUCUAUCACAUCCAGGAACCACUCCAAAACCUAACGAUCCACGCGUCGUCUUUGUUCAAAAGCCAUAUCGUUUUUUCAUGAAUCCCAUUCUCCUGACGGCAAAUGGGCGCUCUCAAACUUUCCUUGGGAUUUAUAACCUACUUUCGGAAGCGGAGAUCCUUGGCGAGAAGGGCGUCCUGGACGAGGUCGCUAGACUCACCGGAAUUAAGCGCGACUCUGUCAAGAAGUAUACGGCAGACUUGCAGCUGGGGAAAGAAAGCGGAAAGGUUGCAAACUUUAUUGGCUCGGCGGGGAAGGGUGCCUCGUCCUCCCCUUCAUCUUAUUUGAAGAUGAUGGGUACUUUGGCGACGCUGUGUGCUUCGUGA